UGCCCACAAUGCACCGCGUUACUGCCGGAAGCGGCCGCUGACGCCGCCGCAGGGGAAACUUCCGCCAGUACUUCUGCCAGGCGCGGCUUCUGAUUGGUCCGUGUUUCACGAUAGGGCAGCUGUGCCACCAUCUUGGGUGAGGGCAGUUCCGCCCGUUCCUCAGAGCUCUCCGCGUUCCCUCCUAAAUCCAGCCGGGAACGGCGGAAUUAAUCCGCCUGGAAAUGGCGGGGUGGAGCCUAAACCUCCUGGGGCUGAGCCUAAAUCCCUUGGGGGUAAGCCUAAAUCCCCUAGGAUCCAGCCAAAGCGCCAAAUCCUGGAGAUUUCCAGGGAUAGGGGCGGAUCCGGUACAGCGUGAGGGGGCGGUGACUCCACAUCGCCCCGCCCCUUUUCGGCCCCUCCAGAGGCGGUGCCGCCAUUUUCUUGGCACCGCCCACGGGGCCGGUUCUGGACCGGGACCGGCGCUGGUCCCGGGGCUCCUUCGCCACCGGAGCGCCCUCAAUGUGUCCCCAAGGUGUCCCCAGGGAGCAUGGAGCCCCAAGAGCUGUCCCCGGCCCUGCUGCACCCGCCGGUCACUGUGGUGGCCACCCUGGGCGAGCUGCUGGCCACCCUGCCCAGGCCGGACGAGAUGAUGCUGCUGUUCCAGUUCCCAUGGGACCUGUACUGGGUCCUGGAGAAAUUCACCAAGGAUCUCCAGACCACCCUGUACCGCACUGAUGACACCGUGUGGCGCCGCAUUGUCACCUCCGAUGAUCGUGACCUUCUCAUCUCCCUGAGCAAGGCCCUGGCCGCCUGCAAGAGCACCCCACGGACCGCCGGGGACCAUGAGGCAAUGGCGGCCGUCAUGUGGCAGGGCUCGGUGUCUGUGCUUCUGGACAGCUGGGCUGAGCUGGCCAAGCUGGCCACCCACCUCCUCGACAUCUGCAGGAAGGUUGUCGCUGAGGUGGCCGACAAGGCGGCCAUCGCCACCGACUGGGCUGACGUCCUGCAGAAAAUGGCUGCCUCUUUUAGGAUAGGUCAGGAACACGGGGAGCAGCUGGGUCCAGCCCUGGUCAGGCAGGCGGGGGCUGAAGUGCUGGGCAGGCGUGAAGCCCGGGUGAGGAGAAAUGCCAGGGCGGCUGCCAGCGAGACACCAACAGUCCCCAUGUUGAGACAGAGGGUGGAGGAGGCCCUGGGGCUGCUGGAGCGCUUGGUGGCCGCGUGUGACGGAGCUGCCGCCUUCCCCCGGGAGCUGCAGCGCCUGCUCAGGGACAUCGUAGACACCAUGGAGGGGACAAAUGAGGCAUCCCCCAGUGUCCCCAAGGACUGGGUGGACAAGAUGGCUGUGGCCGAGUGGCUGUGGGUGGCCAACGCCCGGCUGGCCAAGGAUCACCUGGUGGGGACAAUUCCAGACACCAUCGACUUCUUGUUCAAUGGUGGUUCCGACAGACCCAGUGCCCGUGAGGUGGCCGAGCGGUGCCAAAGAGCCAUCGAGGACAUCCCAAGGCUGGUUCAAUCCCCAGAGCAUCUCCAGAGCGUCCCCAAGGUGUCCCCAGUGAGCGUGGAGCUACAAACGGUGCGACAGCUGUCCCCAGCCCUGCUUCACCCGCCGGUCACUGUGGUGGCCACCCUGGGCGAGCUGCUGGCCACCGUGCCCACACGGGAGGAGGAGAUGAGGCUGCUCGAGUCCCCAAGGUGCCUGUACUGGGACCUGGAGGAUUUCUGCAAAGAGCUCCGGGUCACCUUGUACUGCAUUGAUGACACCUGGUGGCGCCGCAAUGUCACCUCCGAUGAUGAUGACCCUCCCACCUCCCCGAGCCAGGCCCUGGCCGCCUACAGGAGCACCCCACCGAGCACCUGGCACCGUGUGACAAUGGCGGCCAGCGAGUGGCACCAGUUGGUGUCUGUGCUUGUGGACAGGUGGGCCCGGCUGGCCAGGGCAGCCACCAAACUCCACAAUGCCUGCAGAGAGGUGGUCACACAGGCGGCCAAUGCAGCGGCCACCACCAACGCCUGGGCAAGGAAGCUGCGAGGCCUGGUUGCCCAUUAUGGGAUAGCUGAGGAAAACAGGGCGCCACUGGGUCCAGCCCUGCGCAGGCGGGUGAGGGACAACGUCGGGUAUGAAGGCUGGGUGAGGAGAAAUGCCAGGGUGGGUGCCAGGCAGGCAACAAUGGCCACCAUGGAGAGACAGUGGGUUGAGGAGGCCCUGGGGCUGCUGGAGCGCUUGGUGGCCGCGUGGGACGAAGCAGCCGCCUUCCCCCGGGAGCUGCAGCGCCUGCUCAGGGACACUGAAGCUGCCCUGGAGGGGACAAAUGAGGCAUCCCCCGAUGUCCCCGAGGACUUGGUGGCCAAGGUGGCCGUAGCCGAGCGGCUGUGGGAGGCCAGCGCCCACCUGGUCAAGGAUCACCUGCUGGGGACACUUCAAGACAUCAUUGAUUUCUAUAUCGAUGGUGAUCCUGCCAGCCCCCCUGCCUUUGAGGUGGCCGAGCGGUGCCGAUGUGCCAUCGACGACAUCCCAAGGCUCCUUCAACCCAUGGAGUGUUCCCACGUUGUCCCCAAGGUGUCCCCAGUGAAGACGGAGCUCCAAGAGCUGUCCCCAGCCGUGCUGCACCCACCGGUCACUGUGGUGGCCACCCUGGGCGAGCUGCUGGCCACCGUGCCCACGCGGGAGGAGGAAAUGCUGCUGCUCAUGUCCCCAAGGUGCCUGUACUGGAACCUGGAGGACUUCACCAAGGAGCUCCGGGUCACCCUUUACCGCCUUGAUGGCACCUGGUGGCGCCAGGAUGUCACCUCCCUGAGCCGGGUCCUGGCCGCCUGUGACAGCACCACGUGCACCACCUGAGACCAUGUGACAAUGGCGGCCAGCAAGUGGCAGGGCUUGGUGUCUGAGCUUGUGGACAGCUGGGCCCGGCUGGCCAGGGUGGCCACCCAGCUCCGUAAGACCUGGAGGGAGGUGGCCACCAAGGUGGCCGACAGGGUGGCCACUGCCACCGCCCGGGCCAGGGAGCUGCAGGACAAGGCUGCCCGUUAUGGGACAUUUCGGGAAAAGAUGUUGGAGCUGGGUCAGGCCCUGGGUGGGGAGGAGGGGGCUGAGGUGGUGGGCAGGCAUGAAGCCCGGGUGAAGAGGGAGGCCAGGGUGGCUGCCAGCGAGGCAACAAUGGCCAUCAUGGAGAGACAGCGGGUGGAGGCGGCCCUGGGGCUGCUGGAGCGCUUGGUGGCCGCGUGUGACGAAGCCACUGCGCUCCCCCAGGAGCUGCAGUGCAGGGUUGGGGACAUCGAGGCUGCCCUGAAGGGGACAAAUGUGGCGUAUCCCAAUGUUCCCAAGGACAAGGUGACCAUGGCUGAGCGUCUGUGGGAGGCCAACGUCCGCCUGGCCAAGGAUCACCUGGUGGGAGCAGUUGACAGCAUCAUCGAGUUCUAUUUCAGUGGUGGUCCUGACAGACCCAGUGCCUGUGGGGUGGCCGAGAGGUGCCAAAGAGCCAUCGAGGACAUCCCAAAUCUGCUGCAGGGAUGAUGAUAUCACUGCCGUGAAAUUAUAAUAGCAGUGACAUCAUCAGCGACAGAGCUGCUGUCACCUGUCCCCUCCCCGUGCAGUUUUUGAGACAAAUUUGGGGAAUUUUAUGGGAAUUUUCAUUGAUACUGUCCCAAAUCCUGAUGGGAAUUCCUGGGGUGAUGUCACUGGGGACACUCAGGGACAGGGGACAAGGGUGACUGAGUCCCCUCAGCAGCUUCCAGCUUUCCACUGUGCCUGCAGCAGGGCCAGGUUGUCACCAUGAUACUUUAUGUAAAAUCUUUUUGCCAGGAUUUCUUCUCCUGGGAAGAUGAGAAGCCUCAGGAGAAAAGAAAAACAAUACUGUGAUCGCUUCUGCCUGUGUUUUCCUGCUUUGGAAUGUGGCAGGUGCACCUUUGAUUGGUUCCAUGUGAAUUGUUUUUUACUGAAUGACCAAUCCCAGUCCAGCUGUGUCGUAGUCUCUGGUCAGUCAUGGGUUUUUUAUUAUUCAUCCUUUUCUAGGUUUGUGACGUAUCCUUUCUCUCUAUAUUUCAGUAUAGUUUUAAUAUAUAAUUUCUAUUAUAUAAUGUAAUAUCAUAAUAUAUCAGCCUUCUAAGAAAUAUGGAGUCAGAUUAAUCUCUUCCCUCAUCCUGGAACCCUCGCAAACACUGCCAACACUGGGUCAUAAAUGACAAUUUAAUAACUGGCUUCUGUAGUUCUGCAGUGCCUUUUGCACUUUUGUACUGACUUCUGCAAUUUUUUAUUGCCUUUUGCACUUUUGUAUUGCCUUUUGCAAUUUUUUAUUGCCUUUUGCACGUUUGUAUUGACUUCUGCAAUUUUUUAUUGCCUUUUGCACUUUUGUAUUGCCUUUUGCAAUUUUUUAUUGCCUUUUGCACUUUUUUAUUGCCUUUUGCACUUUUGUAUUGUCUUUUGCACUUUUGUAUUGCCUUUUGCACUUUUGUAUUGACUUCUGCAAUUUUUUAUUGCCUUUUGCACUUUUGUAUUGCCUUUUGCAGUUUUUUAUUGCCUUUUGCACUUUUUUAUUGCCUUUUGCACUUUUGUAUUGACUUCUGCAAUGUUUUAUUGCCUUUUGCCCUUUUGUAUUGCCUUUUGCUGAUUGUUAUUGAUCACCAGCAAGUUGAUACGGGAGCUGAGGCACAGGGUUAAGGACGUUGUAGACAGCGUGGAGGGGACAGUAGAAGGGCAGGGGGUGGCAGUGGGGACAAGAGGCUGACAAAGGGAUGGAGGGGACAAAGGAGACUGCUCAAGAGCACGGGGCCACCCCAGGAGGUCACAAGUGCCACCAGGUCCCUGACACCUCCCCUGUCCCCUCCCCAGCUGUGAAAAAUGCAUAUUUUGCGAUUGACUUUUUGCAAAUACUAAAAUGAAUAUGAUAUGUUUUAUGUUAGAAAGUGA